CUCAUAUAAAAAUUAUGGGAGGCUGUGAGUUCAAAUUUCGAGGAUCAUGCGAUGAUACUUGUAUAGUUUUGUUACAAAUAUUAAUAGAGAUGUCUCUUUAGAAUUUUGAAUUAAUAUCUGUUAUUGGUUAAGGAGGGUUUGGUAAAGUAUAUAAGGCAAGACUUUAAAAGACCAGAAAUUUAAUAGUCGCAUUAAAAGUUAUGUCUAAAGUGAGGUAAUAAAUCAUUUUUAAACAUAAGAGUUAUAUAAAAAAAGAGUGUGAGCUCAGUCAUGAAUGAAUUAUAAAUAUUGUCAACAUUAAAACACGAGUAUUAUUUUGUAAUUUAUUUAACAUAGUUUUAUCAUAAAUAUAGUAAGUGCAUUUUAAGAUCGCUAUUAAUUAUAUUUAGCAAUGGAUUUCUUAGCAGGAGGAGAUUUAAGAUUUCAUAUCUGUAAAUAUAGGAAAUUUUCAGAGUCAAUUACAAAGCACAUAGCUGCUUGUAUAAUAAUAGGAUUAGAUUACAUUCAUUCUAAUGGGAUUAUACAUAGAGAUAUUAAACCAGAAAAUCUAGUUUUUGAUAGUGAAGGGUAUUUAAGAAUUACAGAUUUUGGAAUUGCAAGAAUUUGGAAACCUUAAAAUAGUCAUGAAACAAGUGGUACACCAGGAUAUAUGGCACCUGAAGUUAUGUGUAGAUAAAAUCAUGGUGUUGCUGUAGAUUACUUUGCACUUGGAAUUAUAAUGCAUGAAUGCAUAGUAAUUUUAUAAUUUGAUUAAUUAAGUUAGGUAAAAGACCUUAUAAUGGUAAAAGUAGAUAAGAAAUCAGAGAUUAAAUUAUAGCAAAGUAGGUUAUUUUAACUGAUGUUCCAUAAGGUUGGAGUGAAGAUGCUAUUAAUUUUACUAAUUCUCUUAUUAACAGAAAACCAACGAUUAGAUUAGGAUGCAAUGGACCUGAAGAAGUCAAAAAUCAUCCAUGGUUCAAAAAUUUCAAUUGGAAUUCUUAUGAAAAAAAGUUGAUUCCUUCUCCAUUUAUUCCAGAUGGAAAAUUAGAUAAUUAUUUAAAGUCAAGUAGAUUAGAGUCUUUGGAAGAUUAAUCUAUUCUUCAUUCUGAGCAAAUUUAAUGUAACUUUUGUUUUUAAUUUUAAAAGAACAGUUUUUUGGUUAUGAGUAUCUACCUUAAAUUAACGGACAAACAUCUAUAUUAUCAUCUAUAGUAUCUCCAAGAACUUCUAACAUUAAAAUUCAACUUAAAGAAUAAUGA